AUGGUCAAGGUCUGGAAUACCACACCUCACAAUGCGGCACCCUGGAAAGAAGCGUUCCUAUGCGACAUGGAUACGAUGGAAGGGCAGGAAUUCGCAUUCAGUACUCUACAUAACACAACCUUUAACAUGGACUCGAUGCACUCCGGAUCAGAAUACAGCAGUGGCUUUGAGCCACGCAACCGCUUCUGCGCUUUCCGUUGCUUCUGGGCCGAGCUGCCAGACAAUGCUUCCAACCCAGCACCUCGUAACGAAGGAGCUUUUGUCAGUGACAUGCCGACCUUCACGACUGAUGUGCGGACCGAGAAGAUUCCAGAUCUGUUCGCGGGAUGCAACGAGGGACUGGAUGGAUCUGGAGGUGGUGCGCCUUGUGAGGCGGUAUGGUGGAUUCGGAGUACUUUGAGGCAGUGGCGGGUACGAGGGCGGGCGUAUGUUGUGGGCCCAGACAUUGAGGGCGAUGGAAAGGGAGCUUUGGCUGUGCGGCAGGCUCUUAGGCGGCGUAUGCGAGUCGUCAGGAAAGAUGGUCAACGGUCGUGGAGUUGGAGCAAAGAGUUGACCGCCCAAUUCGGAAAUCUUUCUCCAAGCAAACGCGGUCGAUUCGUUGCGCCGCCACCGGGACGACCAGUUGAUGAACCAUACGACGACGAGAUUCUCGGAGUCGGCAGGCAGAUCCAUGAUCUGGAACAUCCCAUUGCGAGGAAACACUUCCGUGUGGUCGUGAUUGUGCCUGAAGUUGUCGAGAGGCUUGACAUGCAAGAUCCGAGGACUGCUAGGAAGCAUGUCUACACCUUCAACUCCGAACACGACAGCUGGACGUAUCAAGAAUGCUGGCCAUAA